AUGACGUCGGUUACAUUACAUGGCGUCACCGAUACGUUAUCAGGACAAAAUGAAAAGUAUGCAUCAGCGUUGGAAACCGCUGCUGCCGCAUUCAGGGAAGUCGAGCAACUUUUCAAUGACCCAGCUUACGCACAAAGGUCAGGUUGGCGGAUAGACGAAGAAAAUGAUGAAGGAGACGUUGUCUACGCUAAGAAUACGCCCAAAGGCAAAAUGGUCACGAUUUCGACGGAGCUACCUAUUGAUGUUGAUUCGGCAAUGAACGAAACCUGGAUCGGCGUUGAUGAUCUACCAAACUGGAACCCUAACAUCAAUUUCGCCCGUACAGUUGCAUCUCCUACUCCCAAUUUCGAUAUAAUUACCUAUGGAAAUAACGACGUGUUGAUCGUGAGUGGAAGGGAUUUCGUUUCCGCGAGAAUAUACAGGAACACUCCAACAGGGUAUAUUAUGGCGUCUCGAAGUGUUCGGCUGAAAGAGGUUCCAGAGCAGAAGGGAAAAGUCCGGUAA